AUUUCUUAUAAAUGGGUGUCGAGUAUAACACAUCUCCACACAACAACACACACGACAUGGACGAGAUUCGGAGAGAAGCCCUGAACGACUACCAGCAGAGGACGAAGGAGCAAAAGCAACGGGUACUGAACAUUUUCAAAGCAAUGGACACCGACGGGAACGGGAGCAUAAGCAUCCAGGAGUUUGUGAAGUCCCUUCAACAGAAAGGGCUCUACAGAGACCACUUGUACGGGCUCUUUACGCAGCUCCAAACAGACAACAGCGGCACUCUCAACUUCGAGGCAAUCAUCACCCUCAAAUUCAUGGUGGACCACGACAAGUACAGAAAUCGCUUGGUAGCAACUUUUUCUAAUGUCAACACUCAUAAGGUAACCAAAGAUGAAAGUGCUUCUCACCAACACAGAGGUGGUGAACCUGAUCUUGUGGAAAAACUCAACGGUUUCAUCGACGGUUUCAAUCUUGGGUCUAAUAUCGCCGAAGCAGCUACAACAGUUGCAGAAGAUGGAUGUUCCAUUAUGUAGCUGGAGGAGGUAUUUUUGCCGACGGUCACGUUGCAAGGUAGCGAAGAGUAGUGUGAUCAGUUGAAUGAAAAAGGAAUGUUUCGAAUUUUGCACUUAAAAUGUUUGUCGGUAUGCCUACAUAAAUAAUGUGAUUGGUCGGUUGCCCCAAAUCGGCUAUGUGACCGAUACAUUAUAAUGCUUUGUCUAUAUAGACAACACGUGUUGAUGGUUUGACGGUCUUGGUAUCAUCUUCGCUUAAUCCUUGUAAAUGGUGUUAUAAUGUCAAUGCUAUGUUGAACAAUUGGAAUAAAUGCGGGGUUGAC